CCGGGUCCGACUCAUCCAAAAUCAACAGAACACAGUCAGCAAGAAAUAAAAAAAUUCUUCGCUCACUGGAAAACGGUUGUUUAUUUAACAAUCGGGCUGUUGUACUCCGGUUACUUUCCGGCGAACCCCAUUUCCCGUCAUGCUCUUGGGGCAGUUGAAAGAAAUCAAUGGAGAUGGAGUGGAUGGAGGCACAGAACAUUGUGAUAAGCGUAGACCUUGUGGCUGCAGCCAAGCAACAACUUGAUUUUCUCGCCUCAAUUGAUCGAAACCGCUGGUUGUAUGAAGGCCCUGCUCUUCUUGAGGCCAUCAACAGGUAUAAUUCAUGUUGGCUUCCAUUGCUGGCAAAACAUUCUAAGACCCCCUUCUUUAAAGGACCACUUGUUGUUCCUCUUGAUUGUGAAUGGGUCUGGCACUGUCACAGGCUCAACCCUGUCCGGUAUAACUCCGACUGCAAGUCACUAUAUGGAACAGUUCUUGACAACCAUAAUGUGGUGUCUUCUGUUAUAGGAACGCCUAAAGGGGAAACUGAACAAGUGUGGAAACAAUUGUAUCCAACUGAACCAUAUGAGUUGGAAUUAGCCAGAGCUCUUUCAGGUGAACCUUCAAAAAGGUCUGAGCACGUAAAGUACAGCAGCUAUGACUUGGUUUCAGCCGUGAAAAGGCAAAGUCCAUUUUUCUACCAGGUCUCAAGACCACAUAUGUACAGUGAGAUGUAUCUAGUAGCAGCCACAGCUAGAUACAAAGGAUUCUUGCAUUUAAUUAGAAGAAACAAAGAAAGAUCCAUUAGAUGCUUCUGUGUUCCAACUUAUGACAUUGAUCUGAUAUGGCACACUCAUCAAUUACAUCCUGUUUCUUACUGCAAAGACCUUUUGAAAUUACUUGGCAAGGUUUUGGAACAUGAUGAUACAGAUUCGGACAGAACAAAAGGGAAUAAGCUUGAAACAGGGUUCUCUAACACCACCAAGCAUUGGGAAGAAACAUAUGGUUGCAGAUAUUGGAGGGCCGGCGCAAUGUACCGAGGCCAUGAACCAUUACCUCUUCCAAUAUAUCAUAAUGACAAUCCGAACACUGUAAAGAAGAAGGUAGUUUUGGUCCAUAAGCAUGACAAACUAUUACAUUUACCGGAAAGAAAGGUUCUUGAGGUAAUGUUGGAGUUUGUGGGUUUACGAAAUGUACCUGAGGAGCAUAAAGGGAGGCUCUUUGUCUCUUUCAGUAAAGAACAGCCUGAUCCAAUCUUCAGUGCGAAGAAAAGACUUGAUAUAUUUUCUGAGAGUGCAGAAAAGCAGGUUGCUUGCUUUCAAUGUCAAGCUAGUGGAAAAUUUCUCUUUGAACUAAAGAGUCAGUCAUCCUCUCAUCUUCCAUUAUCAAAACCUCAAGUCAAAACCAUGGGUUUUGCUUCUUUGUCUCUGGAAGAGUUGUUAUCCCCAACCUCGAAUCUCUCUGUGGAGAAAUGGCUUGAAUUGGUUCCAAAUUCUAAGAUGCAAAUGCCAAAGACGGUCUUUUUAAGAGUUGCAAUCUCAGUUACAAUACCAACCAAAGCACCAUAUGUGCUUCACAUGAUCCGUUCUCGACCCUUUUCGAAAAGUUCUUGCCUUUUCCCUCUCCCUGGGACUGGUCAAAAUUGGACAAGCCUCAUAGAUGAAGAUGGCAAUGAGAUCAUCUACCUGCAAAUGAGGGAUUUCAGUAAACCCAAGGGAAUGUCAGAUUCUAUGUUGAUGCAUGAAGUCGUCGCUGUAACAAAAUCUGGCGAAACACAAACUCUUGCUAAAUUGCAAGGGAGGGAAUGGUCACUGAUAGAUUCUGAGUGGUCAAUUUGUUUCCACAAAAACAGAGAUGACGAUGGUUGCAUUUUGAAGUUGACUGAUGGUUUGCGAAUUAUUGCGUAUUUUGCGGGUCGGAAGCUGGAUUACCAGCCCAGGCAUCAUGAAAAGCAAAGAAGUGAAAACGAAUUUAUGACUGCAGUAGAGUUCUCUGCUGAAAACCCAUAUGGCAAGACAGUGGCAAUGGUCGACUUGAAAUUUGGCAUUAUCAAUGUGAAAGAGGAGUGGUUACUUUUUCCUGGAACAAUAACUGCUUUUAUACUUUGUGACAUCUCAAGGAAGGAAGGUUAUGAUAGAUUUUCAGCAGGUGGCAAAAGUUUGAAGAAUAAUGGCUCAAACAAUGGAGUUGCAUAUGAUAAAGACUCAGGUUUGAACACUCAGGUUGCCAAAGACAAGGUGGCUAUUCCGUCAGGAGGAGGCUGUGGUGGUGCAUGUGGAAGUAUGAUAAAGAGCAGUGGGUGUGCAGCUGGAGGCUGUGGUGGUGCAUGUGGUAGUAUGAUGAAGAGCAGUGGGCAUGCAGCCGGAGGCUGUGGUGGUGGUUGUGGAGGGUGUGGAUCUAAUCUCCAAAGUGGUGGCUGUGGUGGUUGUGGAACUGGUGGUUGUGGAGGGUGUGGAUCUAAUCUGCUAAGUGGUGGCUGUGGUGGUUGUGGAAGCGGAGGUUGUGGAGGUUGUGGUGGUGGUUGUGGGUCUAUGACCACCAUAAUCAGGACACAAUAGAAGUAACCAAGAUUGUAUUAUGCAUGGCCUGCUUUCGUUCAUCAGAAGUGGUGGGGUACCCUCUCAGGCUUUUGUUGUAUUUAUAUUUAUACGAGUAUGUUGUUUGGAAAUAAUGAAGUGUUUCAUUUCAUCAAUUCAUCCCCAAUGAACUGGUGGGAUACCCACUUAGGGUUCUAGUGUUUCAAUAUGUGAUUUUCCGUCAUAUGUCUUUAUCUGUGUGUUGAUAUGUCAUCUUGCUAAGAAGUACUACAAAAUACGUGGUAUGAAAUAAUCACACCGGUGGGCAUAGCUCAACCGGUAGAUAGGGGAUGCCACAAAGGGUAAGUCUCAGGUUCAAAUUCUGACAACAGCGAUGAGAACUUGUGAUUAAAGUCCAAUUUACAUCCUCUCAUCUAACUAUCCGGUCGGUGUUGGUGGCCCCUUAGGAAUGGAGUGUAUCUUUUUAUGAAAUAAUCACAUUCUCGUACCAUGGUAUACGGCAUACGAUCCUAAUCAGUUUUUCAUUCAUGAUCUCUUUUCUCCUUUACAUAAUCCUGCAGGCUCAUUUAUAUUCAUGUCCAUGGCUCAUUAAUCAUUAUGAGAUCCCACUC